UCUAGAUCUAUAUCGUGACUUUUAUCUAGCUAGAUGUACCGUAGAUAAAUUAGACUGACCAACUGUAACUGUAGUUCAGCUAGACUAGAUUUGUAGAUAUCUUCAAGUCUAGUAUAAAAUUACCUUUUUUAUUUUGGAAAAUCACCAAACAUAUUUAUUAUUUAGAUUUAAUCAUUAAUGGGCAUUAUGCCAAAAAGCAAUCGUCUUCCAGAAAGGCCCAAACCACCAUCGUGGGAAGCCGUCACAGAAGACAUAGCAAGCAUUGCAGAUGAUGACGUGGUUUUUAAAGUUGGGAAAUUAAACGUAGCAUCUUACGAUCCGACCUUACUUUCUGAAAAGAACAAUUUGCAAGACUCAGAUGUAGAAGCAUCAGAUCUGAUUGAUUCUCAUGAGAUAGAGUCCUCAUACAAUGACACACUUCGACUUAUCAAGCUCUACUCUGAAUUAAAAGAUGCACCUGUCAGACUUGAGCAGCAGUACUCCCAUCUGAAGGUUAUGGGUCAGGAGCUUACUCAGUCCAUUUUAAAUUUAAAAGACUUGGCCCAAAGUGUUUCUAAAGAUGCUGAGGAUGUAAAACUUUCAUUGCAGCUUGAGUUCACCCCAGACUCCAGCUACAGCACUAAAAGUUUGUCAGCUAAGAGUAAAGCAAAAAGAAAGAAGUAAAUCAACACUAAGUUCUCUUUUACUUUCAGUCAGCAGCUACCCUUUGAAAUAGUUUUUCUUUCAAUGAUCAUGAAAACAUGAGAGAAAUAGCUAGAAAUGUCCUUGUGAAAGAUUGGGGCGUGUAAUGUUUACACUUUAAAAAAAAAAUAAAAAUUAAAUAUCAUGGAAUCUAAUGUCUUAUGUCCAAGUCAGUUAUAAUUUAAUUUUAUACUAUUUUAGCAGCACAAGAAGUUUUUUUUUAGCUUGUUUGAUAAAUGUGGAAUUUUACACUGAAAGGUUUACAAGAACAGUUCUAUAAUUUUUUAGUAUACCGUUUCAACAAAAUUUUUGAGAAGAAUGAAAAUAUAUAUAGCAUUUGUACCAUAGUGCUUCUCUUGUAAUUAACUAUUGGUAGUAUUUCCAAAAAUCCUCUCUAUGUACCACAGUACCAUAUUUUUUUUUCUCAUAUUGUAUGUUGAGUGGUAAAAGAUUUGAAUGCACAUUCUUUUUUUUUCACCAAAUAAUGUGACAUAUUAAUAAUUAUUUACAUGAUAAAUAUCUCAUUAAUUUAUUAACAGGCUGUUUAUUGAAACAUUAUAUUUAUGUACACAG